AUGAUAGAAUCAUACCGUGGACAUGUUACGUCCGUGCAGCAUUUACUUGAACGAAAUGUGAAUGUCAAUGUUUUGUCUGAAUCUGGCGAGACGGCCCUCACACUGGCAUCACGUGAAGGUCAUCACGAUGUCGUUGAUUUACUACUCAAAUACAACGCUGAUGUUAACACUACGACAUAUUUUGGUAUGACUUCUCUUAUGACAGCUUCAAUGUUGGGCCACACCAAAACUGUUGAAGUUUUAUUAAAGUAUGAUGUCAAUAUUAACCAAAUGUGUCAAUUUAAUUUGAGCGCUUUUACUAUCGCACUUUAUAGAAACAGAACUGAUGUUAUUCAAUUGUUUUUAAAGUAUGGUUUACAUAAAAAAUCAUUUAAAGUAGACACGGAGACUCUCGAAAAUUCUCUUUUUUAUGCUGCUUAUACAGGGAAUGUUCAUAUGCUUGACUUGCUUGUUAGCCAUAUUGUGGAUCCCAAAGUGGCAGCUUUAGGAUUGAUAGCUGCAUUACACAAACAUAGGUAUCCGGCAGUCGAGAUUUUCCUGAAGUAUCAUAACAUUAAUUACAUGAUGGUAAAUGACACGCCUGUACUAAUUUUACUGGCAGGUUACGGAAGUGACUCUAAUGUAGAGUUUUCAUUAAGAAAUACAGCUGAUGUCAACAUUGUUUCAGCUUCUGAUGGCAUGACUGCUUUAAUGAAGGCCGCGGCAAUGGGUCAUUUAUCCACAAUAAGGCUGUUAUUAAAAUACAAAGCGAAUGUGGACUAUGUUUCUAAAAAUAGUUCCUUUACAAUUGGUGAUGAGAAAGUUGGACAAUCUGCUUUAAUUUUAGCAACGUCAAGAGGUCACGAAGAAAUAGUUGACUUGCUACUCAAACAUAGUAAUAAUAAAAACGUAGAUUCUAAAGAACUUAUGUACCCUUUUAUGAUAGCAAUCUAUAAUGGUAGUAUGCAUAUAGUGGAGAUUUUUCUAAAACACGGUGCUAAUGUAAAUAAGGAGAUAAGCGGUCACAAAAGCCCAUUUGUAACAGCAGCUUUAAGAAAUAAUAUAAAGCUUUUAGAAAUUAUCUUACACUCGCAAACAAGGAACAACAAAACUAUUGUUCAAACGAAUUCCCUGGUUAACGCCCUUAUGGUUUCUUCUUCAAAAGGCUAUUCAAAAAUGGUGGAAUUGCUUCUAAAACACAUUACCGACAUCGAGUCCAUAAAUGAUGGUAUGCUAUUGGCACUAAAGGAACACCAACACUCGGUUUUGCAGGUAUAUUUUAAACAUGUUGACAUUAAUUCUAUAGUUGUAAAUGGCUUAACUUUGCUUGUGUACGAGUUGUCUCAUGGUGAUCAAGAAAAUAUGGAUUUUCUGUUAAGAAACAAAGCAGAUGUCAACAGACCUACAAAAUCCAUUGGAUAUACACCUUUAAUGCUCGCGGUACAGUUUCAAUAUAUAAAUGCCGUCCGAUUAUUGUUACGUUAUAAAGCUAAUGUUAAUCACAAGAAUGCAAAUGAUUUAACUGCACUCGAUAUAUCUGUAACGUUGAAAAAUGAAAAAAUAGUUGAGCUACUUCUACAACAUAAUGCUGACCCAAACAUCCAGUCUAAUGACGGGCUAACUCCGUUAAUGUCUGUUGCACAUCAAGGACCUACAUCCAUUGUUGAGCUUCUUAUCAAACAUGGCGCUGAUGUAAAUAAAGUUUCAAGUAAAGGAAUUACAGCGCUUCUUGUGGCAGUAAUUAAUGGACACGAGAAAACAGUUAAGUUGCUUCUUGAGCAAAAUGCUGAUAUACAAUUUAAAAGCGAUACAUUAAAAGAAACAGCUCUACUGAUUGCAACAAACAAAGGAUAUUUGAAAAUUGUGGAAUUACUUUUGAAUCAUGGAGCUAAAGUUGAAGAAACAAAUCUACACGGCUAUACACCUUUAAUGGUUGCGACUAAGGAAGGCUACGCUGAUAUUGUAAAAAUUCUUCUUAAAUAUGGGGCAGAUGUGAAUAGAAAAAACAACAAUGGUGAAACUGCAUUUGACAUUGCCAUGGAGAAGGAUAACUAUGCUAUUCUUAAAGUUUUAAAACAAUACAUUAAAAGAAUUGAAGCUUCGUCUCAAAGGAAAAAACAGCAACAUGGCUCUAUAAAAUCACCGAAAUCCCAACAAACUCUCAAAGACAUGUCUUAA